AUGAGCUGGACCUUCCUGACACGAUUGCUGGAUGAGAUCUCCAACCACUCAACGUUUGUGGGUAAGAUCUGGCUCACACUCUUCAUUGUGUUCCGGAUUGUUCUGACUGCGGUGGGUGGUGAGACCAUUUACAACGAUGAACAGAGCGAGUUUGUGUGCAACAGCUUGCAGCCUGGAUGUGAGAAUGUAUGCUAUGAUGCAUUCGCACCACUCUCCCACAGAAGAUUCUGGGUCUUCCAGAUUAUCACCAUCAGCACACCAUCCAUCAUGUAUCUUGGCUUUGCCAUGCAUAAGAUCGCCCGCAUGCAGGAUGACGAUUACCGGUCGCAUGGCAAAAAGCGAGCAAAGCAAAAUUCCAGACAUAACUACGAAGAACGAGAUGAAUCGGAUGAGGAAGUGCCCAUGGUUACGGAGGAGAGGGAUCCUUCUGAGAAGGAGAAAAACAAAACAGUACCUGAGAAACAAAGCACGUCUGUAAAGCAUGAUGGCCGCCGUCGCAUCCGUCGUGAUGGUCUGAUGAAAGUCUAUGUGCUGCACCUAAUUUGUCGCAGUGCAUUUGAGGCAGCCUUCUUCUUUGGUCAGUACAUUUUGUAUGGUUUUGAAGUGGCUCCAUCAUACGUGUGCCAGCGCAGCCCAUGUCCACACACGGUUGACUGCUUUGUAUCACGCCCCACCGAGAAGACCGUUUUCCUGCUUAUCAUGUAUGUAGUAAGUGCACUCUGUCUGGCACUCACCAUCCUUGAGAUGCUGCACCUUGGCAUAGGAGGACUCAGAGAAUCCAUGCAUGAGCGAUCACAGCGCAGACGCCCAGCUCUAAUGCGAAUGACCAGCUCGCCACCUGGCUACCAUGCCACCCUAAAAAAGGAUAGAGCAGGCCGGGCCAGAGCUGAGUUUAACGAAAAUAAUACACCUGAAACACUUGAAGAUGAGGUGGAGAGACUGCGGAGACACCUGAGGAUGGCACAACAGCACUUGGCACAGGCCUAUCAAAAUGAAGAGGGCACAGUCGCAGCAGCGCACAGUAAAAGCCCUGUGUCCCAUAGCAUGGCGGUGGAGCAGAACCGGCUCAAUUUGGCUCAAGAGAAACAUGUCAGCACUGCUGAAACAGGGGUCCAUGCGUGAACCUUUCCAUCAAUCAAGAUGACCUUCUGAAGGAAGGACUGCACAUAUCAGGGGUGGUUAUUGGGACAAGACAUACUGAGGACGCAUGUGUUUGUGUGUGUUUACAUGUUUUUGAGGAACAAUGUGCCUUUCAGUAU